AUGUCGUUUAUGCUUCAGCAUUUAAAUAGUGGUUGGGCAGUUGAUCAAGCUAUAGUAAACGAAGAUGAACGAUUAGUUUGUAUUCGUUUUGGUCAUGAUUACGAUCCUGAUUGUAUGAAAAUGGAUGAAUUACUAUAUAAAGUAGCUGAUGAUAUAAAGAAUUUUUGUGUUAUAUAUUUGGUGGAUAUCACCGAAGUUCCUGAUUUUAAUACAAUGUAUGAAUUGUAUGAUCCAGUUUCUGUUAUGUUUUUUUAUAGAAAUAAACACAUGAUGAUAGAUUUAGGUACAGGUAAUAAUAAUAAAAUUAAUUGGCCUAUGAAUAAUAAACAAGAAUUUAUUGAUAUUGUUGAAACCAUAUUCAGAGGCGCAAGAAAAGGAAGAGGUUUAGUCAUAUCACCGAAAGAUUAUUCAACUAAAUAUAAAUAUUAA